CACGGCGACGACGAAGUUAAACAACUCCCUCCCUCCUCCCCCGCCCCCGCAGACAGACCACCGACGGCAACCACCUCCGGCGUUAAUGCUCCACCGACGCCUCUAAUGGCCGCCGCCGUCGCCGCAGUGACCUCGCCGGAUCUCUUCUCGUUCCACGCGUCCAUCGCGCCCUUGCCGGCGCCUCCGGCGGGCGCUGAAGACGACGAUGGCGACUUCGAGUUCCGCAUCCCCGCGGCGGUGGCCGCGCUCUCCGCCGCUGACGAGCUCUUCUCGGAUGGGAAGCUCGUGCCUCUCCUCCCACUGCUGAAUCCCGCCUCAGCCUGCUCGGCUCCGCCGUGCGUGGAGGAGGAGCCUCCCUCGGAGCCCGUCUCUCCCCGCGCGCCGCGGUGCGCUGGGCGGCGGUGGCGUGAUCUCCUCCUCCUCGUGACAAAGAAGCCCAAAGCCGGCGAGGCCAAGGAUCGCGAGGAAGCGUCUCUGGGGCGUCGGGAGGCGCAUUCGCGGCCGCUCCUCUCGCGCGACUCCUCCUCCUCCUCCUCGGCCUCCUCGUGCGACUCCGGCAGGAACGCGCGCCGCCCGCCGCCGCCGUCGCGCCCGCCCCUGCGGACGCGCUCCGCGCCGGUGGCGAGCCUCCUCCACCUCAUGUCCAAGAAGAACGCCGGCGACUGCAGGAACGGCGCCGCCGCGGCCGCUGCCCCGAAGCAGCGCCAGCAGCAGCAGGCGUGCGCGCACCCGCUCCUGACCCGGGCCUCCUCGUCGUCCUCGGCCUCCUCCUCGGACUCCGGCAGGAACUCCCGCCCGCCGUGGCACCCGCACGGCCCCGCGCGGCCAUGGCGCCCCGCGAUAGCCGCCGAGAGCCCGCGCGUCAGCGCGUCCGGGCGCGUGGUGUUCCGGGGCCUGGAGCGGUGCUCGAGCACGCCCGCCGCGGCGGGCAUCGGCGGCCUGCGGCGGCCGAGGCCGAGGGGCAUGGAGCGGUCGUACUCGACCAAUGUGCGCGUGGAUCCGGUGAUCAACGUGUUCGGGUUCGGGCACCUGUUCUUCCCAGCUUCGCCGGCCAAGGAGAAGAAGGCCGACGCCGCGGGCGGCGGCCGGAGGAGCAGGCCGGAGAAGCUGGCGAUGAUGCUGAGAGAUCCGCAGGAUUAGGUGGUGGCCAUGCUGGAACAUAACGCAUGAGAUUCUUCCUGUCGCGGAUUCUUCUCUGUAUUUCCCAUCUUGUUUUUUCAGUUUUUUGUAAUAUACACCGCCGCUCCUGUUGUCUAGAACCAGAUCUCUCAAAUUUCAGAGACCUCAUGCGAAUCUGAACUGCCAUCAGAGUGUCGUGUCGAUGUAAAGAAGAUUACUCAUGAACAGAAGAACACUUUGCUUCAAGCUGAA